AUGUCUAAUUUAUCAGAUACUAUAGGGCUUUCUGAUCAUGAAACCUCUCAAAUUGAACAAACACGAUCAUUAAAAAAACAAACCUCUCUAGAUAGCUUCUUGUUAUAUAAGAGUGUUACUGAAAGUGAAGGUUUUAGCCCAGAAGAAUCAGAUAAUGAUAUAAUUUCUGAACAAUAUAAAAUUUCAGCAGAAGCAUCUUCACCCUCUACCAUAUCUCAUUCAUUACAAAUACCUGUAAAAAGAAAAAACAAAAUACCUAUAUAUAGAAAAACACAAAAUGAAAACUGGGUGUGGUAUUACACAGAGCGUAAUAAAGUUACAAAACUAAAAUAUUGUAAAGUAAAUAUAAAUAACGGCAAUGAAAAUAUUGAGCGAUGUACAACUAUUUUCCAACCUUCUACUUCAGUUACCAAUAUUGCUUCACAUUUACAUACCGUACAUAGGAUUUUUAAGAACCAAAAAUUAGAUGUGUCUAUAGUAUCUUCAAGUGAAAACAGAAUACAAACAACAAUUAACUCUAUAUUUGAGAAACAUACUGAAAUAACACAACCACUUUCUAAAGUAAAACAAAGCGUAUAA